GAACCAUCAGUGCAUUCGCAUCCUCCAGAUCCAUCUUGCGUGGCUGUCAAACGUGCAGUGUCAGCAAUGAUACAUCGUGCUGAGAACUCUGAAGAAUCUACCAGCAACAUCAUCCAGAACUGCACCCACGAUUUCCCACUCGCCGCUGCAGGCAGUCUUCCCAAAAGAGAAACGCUAGCAAGAAUGAUUAGAAGUGAAAAGCUCCAGAUGGCGAUGAUAUCCCUGAUGACAUUUGCCAAACUACAUGGGAAGAGUUCUUGGCUCUUCACGAUGACAACCUAG